CCAAACCCAUUUGCAGGUCUUUAGCUAGCUAGCCAAAAACAUGUGUUAAAAGGGUUAAUGAAGAUUGGCAUUUUGAAUAUAGUGAUUAAACGGCCAUCAUCUCACCCAUCCCCAAAUAACUGGUCAGAUAUAGUCGUAUGUGCCUUGGUGAUAAGAGACAAGUGGCUGUCAGGUCGCAUUUAUGAGAGUGCGGGCUAGGGAAUCUAGCUAACGGUAGCUAGCUAGGUUGAUAGCUAGCUGGCUAGCUACCAGGAACUAUACAUUAGUUAAACAAGGCUUGUGAUGUUUUCGAAUUCUUAACAAGCUAGCCACUUUUUUAUAUAUCAUAAUCGUGUUUUUAAAGGUACAUCAUAAAUAUCAUUAAAAUAAAUCAUGUCCGUUUUUAACGAAAGCGCGCUUAAGAAAAUGCUGUCAAAGCAAUACAAAUACAGAGAUUUGACAGUGCGUGAAAUCAUCAAUGUAAUCUCUCAGUACAAGGAUCUGAAGCCAGUUAUGGAUGCAUAUGUGUUUAAUGAUGGCUCCAGCAGAGACUUGAUGAGUCUGACAGGAACAGUGCCAGUGAGCUACAGGGGGAACAUCUAUAAUAUUCCAGUGUGUCUGUGGCUCCUGGACAGCUACCCAUAUAAUCCGCCCAUCUGCUUUGUGAAGCCCACCAGUGCGAUGAUGAUCAAGACGGGGAAACACAUUGAUGCCAACGGCAAAAUCUACCUGCCCUAUCUGCAUGAGUGGAAACAUCCUCAGUCAGACCUGUAUGGGCUGAUCCAGGUGAUGAUCGUGGUGUUUGGGGAGGAGCCUCCAGUCUUCUCACGUCCUACAACACAGACCGCAUACCAGCCUUUCCCAGCAACCGGGCCUCCCAGCCAGUCCUACAUGCCCGGUGUGCCAGCUGUGUCCCCUUAUGGGCCCGGCCAUUCUCCCGGUCCUGGUGGGUACCCAGGGUACACCUAUCCUAGUGGAAACUCAUAUCCCGCUACAGCUGGCCCAACUCACUACAGCUCCCAGAAUCCUGUCCCCAGUGUGGGACCGAGCCGUGACGGCACCAUCGGAGAGGACACCAUCCGCGCCUCGCUCAUCUCUGCAGUGAGUGACAAACUGCGCUGGAGGAUGAAGGAGGAGAUGGACCGGGCGCAGGCUGAGCUGGACGCCCUGAAGCGCACCGAGGAGGACCUGAAGAGGGGCCAUCAGAGGCUGGAGGAGAUGGUGUCCCGUCUGGACCAGGAAGUGGCAGAGGUGGACCGGAAUAUCGAUCUGCUGACGCGGAAAGAUGAAGAGCUUAGUGCUGCCCUGGAGAAGAUGGAGAACCAAUCGGAGGACAAUGACAUUGAUGAUGUCAUUGUGCCCACCGCUCCCCUCUACAAGCAGAUCCUCAACCUUUAUGCGGAGGAGAACGCCAUCGAGGACACCAUCUUCUACCUGGGGGAGGCGCUGCGACGUGGCGUCAUUGACCUGGAGGUCUUCCUGAAGCACGUGCGGCUCCUGUCCCGGAAGCAGUUCCAACUGCGUGCACUGAUGCAGAAAGCCCGCAAAACUGCUGGCCUCAGCGACCUUUACUGACCUCUGUCCCCUGCUCUCAUGCAAACCCCGCUCUCGUUUUUUUAUUUUAUUUUAUAUGAAGUUGUAAGUUCAAGGGCAUGAAAUUGCCUCCUUUUUAUUGAUUUCAUGGCAUUACAUUACAUUACAUUAAUGGCAUUUGGCAGACGCUCUUAUCCAGAGCGACGUACAGUUGCUUAGACUAAGCAGGAGACAAUCCUCCCCUGGAGCAAUGCAGGGUUAAGGGCCUUGCUCAAGAGCUGCGCGGAUCUUAUUGUGGCUACACCGGGGAUCGAACCACCGGCCUUCUGGGUCCCAGUCAUGUAACCACUAGGCUACAGGCAGCCCUGUCCUGGCACUGUUGCCUAAUGCACACAUGCAAACACUGCAUACACUCCCAGAGAAUCGUCUUAUCGAAAUGCAGUUUGUUGAUAUACUUCCUCUGGUUUUUAUAAGAGAAAGGUUUAGAGAUCAGUAUAGGUGGCCCAGAUAUCGGCCCAGAGUGCUGUAGUUACGUAUGCAUUUGCUUCAUGUUUGCUCAUAAUAAUCCUCCAACUCCCAAACUCUGCCCGACCUUGGGUGCCGUAAUAUAAGCAUCUUUCUGACUGAGCCCACUUCUUCCUGCAAAGACCUGUCACCAGUGUAGCCUUAGCAUAGCAGCUGUCCUGCGACUAUGAAUAGCAUAGCUUAUGAUAUGGAAAAUUUGAUGUCAACUGAUGUAUAAAAUAGGAACUGAUGUAUAAAUUGAAAUGUUAAGAUGUGAAUGUGAACAAUUAAACUGUGAACAGCAUAUUCGGAUAAAGGCAUGGUUUAGCUUUUUCAUGUGUGAUAUUCUCUGAAAGAUCAGCAAGUGAUUUUUAGCAUGGAGGAUGCACACCAAAAAUAAAUCCUGAGAAAAUUUGUCUCUAUUUUCUUGGUUGUUAAGAGUUUCCAGAAAGUGUGUUAAAUAUAUGAUUUGACUGUGGGUUAUGUAAGAUGCAAUGUUAGGAUAUGAAUAGAGGACCGCUAGUGUUAUGUGAAAUGAAACGCUAGGAUGUGAUGGCAUAUGAGCUGUAUGCGGCAGUCUGCACUGCAUAGCAGGCAUUCCGUGAAGUGGGUUCCUGCUCUUUAGGUUGUAUGGCCAUUUGCUGGGUAAUGUAUAGGAAAGGUUGAGCUAAAAAUAAAAGUGAGCCAUUAGCCUUUCAGCUUGUCUGGGGUGAACUCCUGAAGAUCUAUGGCCCAGUUCAGCCUCUUCACCAGUGGCCCCUGUGUAUAAGACUGCGCCACCACCAUGGAUGCCUCUUUCAGUCUUCAGGAUCUGAUGGGCUGAUCUAAAAAUCAUCACUUUCUGCAGAGAGUUCUUGCCUCUGUUGCCAUGUCAUACCCUUUGCAGUCAAUCCAGACUAAUUUAGGCAGACAGACAUACUGACAUACAGAGGGAUGCAUACACAUUCAUUAAGACUGGAGUCAGAGACAGACAGUCCAAGACCGUCCAGACUCAUUAAGAUGGACAGACAGACACAUCUACUUGCAGGCUUAUUAUUUGACAAAUCGCAGCGUGUCUGGACUGUCUUACUAACAUCAAUGACAAAUAAUGUCAUUUUACGCAACAUCAAUCCAAACCCCAGCUGUUAUGUGGGAAAAUCUAUUGCUGGCUCUGGCCACUGGCGAUUUGAAUCCACUGAUCAAGGUCUUAAACUGGGGUGAGUUUUCUGCUGUUGUGCUUUGCAUUUCUUGAUUCUGUGCUGAGAAUCCCUUAUGCUCCUCAGAAUUAAGGCAUAUAUUAUGUAUGUGUAAUGUAUGUAUGAUAGGUGUCUGGAUAGUGCCCUUCACUAUGUUUUAAUUGUAUAUGAACUGCAUCUGAACUGUGUAGUCCUCCAGUUUAUAUGUAAGUUAAAGAAUGGGGUGUGCAUUAAAAUGCACAUUUAGAGGCAUAAGCAAAUGCAUGUCUUCUCGGCCAGCUUACGGUUUACUUCCGAUAUUAUGUACAUUACUGUUUCUUUUCUUAGUCGCUGUCAGUUUUGUGUUGUUUUCAAUCUUAGUAUUAUGCACAAUGAUGAUUCCAAACAUAGUUACUCCAGGAUAACUUAUUUUAGUGAAUAUUGAAGUUAUUUUACAAUUUCAUUUUUAGUUUAUGAUAAUAAAAAAAAACAAAAGCACUUUCAAGGAGCUGUGAAAUGUUACUAGUUUGGGGGUUUCAUUUGAAAAUAAAGACGAAUUUCCACA